AAGUCCUAUAUUUUCUAUCUCGCAUCCCAGGUAAUAUUAUUUGGUAAUGUUUCAAUAUAAUUAUACUACAUUGGCAAUAAUCAUUGCAGAUCCUUCGACUGUCUCUUUCAAUAUUUCCUAUUUUCUUUAGGAGAUCAGCCGUUAAACCGCUAGUGUCAAAAGAAAAUUUGAUCGGCGGCUACGAAAAUGUACAGUUAACGUAUUUACCACGAACCUGCCAAUCACCUCAUUGUGGGUUCACAUCCAGAAUACCAGAGUGGCUUUAGUAGAGACUGGGUAGAAGUUGUUUAUCGUAACGUAAAAGUAACAAAUUAAAAUUCAAGUGGCGCUUUUCUUCAGGUUUUCUUCUAUAUAAAGCGUCGCGAGCGGCACUAGUGCACACCACUCGCACCAGGGACACUGGCGCUUUCGGCAGCGAAGCAGAAGACAAUUAAAGCUUCGGUGUUGUACGAAUUGCGAGAUUUUAGAUUUGAAGAUUUUUUGGAAGAACUUUGCCAAACGAAAGUAAGCGGAUUUCGAUAGUCGAAACAAUGAACAUAACCUUGGGAUUUCUCCCCAUCAUGGCGACGCUUUGGCUCGUUUUUGGACAUUGCGAAAGUAUUCCGGAAACAUCGUCUAACGUACAUCGUAGAUUUCGUAGUCAUCCGUUGUUUCGUGGCUACGACAUCGACGAACAAUUCAGCGAGGAUGACGAUAUGAUGGAAAUUAACAAGCGACAAUUUGAUGAUUAUGGACAUAUGAGAUUUGGAAAACGUGAUCAAUUCGAUGAUUACGGUCACUUGCGAUUUGGUAGAGGCCACGAAUGAACCAUCGAUAUACGGAACCCGUAUUCUCGAUCGCAACAGCACGGCAGAUACAUUUAAAUACCUUGAUAAAUGUCCCUUGUUUGAAACGAUACUCACUAACUGUAUUGCGUGAGAAAUAAAUAUAUUUUACAAUGUCGAAGAAUA